AUGAGUAGCAUAUCGGAGAGAUCAGGUCAUGUUCGCCACCUCCCGCCAGAGCCGCAUAUGCAGGGUCAAGAAACCAAAGCGAGCACGUGGAAUGUUGGAGGUUUGAUUGGCGGAAGCGGCUUUCUCCGAUCAAGUAAUAGCUCGGGGAAGGACCAGGGCGUAGCCUUCGAACGCAGAAGCGAAGAGCCUCAGUCUAGCGCCUCCGGUGUGUCACUUGGCGUGGAGAAGUUCCCUGACAACGCUCAAGUGUGUCUUUGUCUGGGGAGUCUGGGGAGCACUUCGAAUGCCGCUUGUCCUUUUGGGACCGAUCGCUUAAGUGAGGACUACCCUUGGACUGGAAGAGCACUCGCUGUCGCUAGAGAAACGAAUGCCUUGUUGAAUACGCAGCCGGUGGAGACCAGCCACAGGGAAUGGUCACUAUUCUGUGAUAUGAAGACCUCCAACCGCGAUGAACUGGAAGAGGAAGUAGACUGA